GUGACCAUGUGUAGUUCUCCUUCUGAUUUCUUCCGUUCCUCAGUGAAACAAGAGCUGAGGCCCAGAAGGUAAGGCGAGACUGGCAGUGUGACAAGUAGCUAUCUCGAAGGAUGUGAGGACACCCACCCCGGAAACCCGGACGCCAUGAGCAGCACUAAGGACCCGCCCAAGGGCAGCAAGCACGGAGGACGUGCUCAAAGGGAGGCUCGCCUGAACUAGACACGGCGGAGUGCAGCCCCUGGUGCUGUGGACACAAGGAAGCGGCCCUGGCCGUGGCUGACUGAAGCAGGGAAGCCUCGCAUAUCACCCUCUCCGAUGUCCACUCAACCCAAAACCACAUGCAGACCACCCCUCACAGGCAGACCCAAGCCUGUUGCUGCUUGACACCCAUGGGAGCCCAGGCCAGGUGCCACCUGCGAGGCAUAAAGCCCGCAGAGGCAGUUCCUGAGGGACCUCCGCCGUCCGCCAUGAAGGGGAGCAGCACCAUCCUGCUGGCGGUCCUCACUCUGCUCUGCUCCUGCGGGCUGGCCACCGGGGAGGACAGCAGUGAGUUUUUCAUGGACUUCCUGCAAACGUUGCUGGUGGGGUCCCCAGAGGAGCUAUACGAGGGGCCCCUGGGCAAGUACGACGUCAACACAGAUGCCAAGGCAGCACUGACUGAGCUCAAGUCCUGCAUAGACGGCCUACAGCCCAUGCACAAGGCGGAGCUGGUCAAGCUGCUGGUGCAAGUGCUGGGCAGUGAAGAUGAUGCCUAGCAGACCCCAGUCACGGCUCCAAGCAGCCACGGGACCAGCUAUGCAGGCAGCCAUGGCCACGCCGCCCCAUUACCACUUCCCCAUGUAUGAGUUCAUCCUAAAACUGUUCAGUCAAUAAAGCCUCCUUCA